AUGGACAAGGCAGAAAUUGAACUAUCCAAGGUGGAAGAGUUUCUUGAAGAAGUAGCCAACGCCAAGAAGACGUGCUUUAACUUACGACCUUGCGUCGAUUUGGGCACCCUCUACCAUUACAGUAAGAUGGCGAUAAACAAUACCUCUUUUCUUCUGGAUCAACAAAAAGAUGGUGAAACUCUUGAACAUUGCGUCUCCAUUCCCGCUCCCACCCCAAGAUUGGUAGACCUUUACCAACCAAAAAAUCUUGAUGAUAUUGAUACCCACAAGUUGGCGUUGAGGGAAAUCAUUGAAGCGAUCAAAGAUGAGAGCAUACAGAUGGUUGGAAUCUAUGGAACUGGAGGUGUAGGGAAAACUACAUUAGCCAAGGAAGUUGCUGCAGAAUUGAGGAAUCUAUUUGCAGACAUUGUGUUUAUAACUGUCUCACGUACUGUAGACGUUGAAAAGAUUAAAAAGAACGUUGAAGUAGCUGCGAAACGGAUAAUCAAAGAGGAGAAGGUUCUAAUCAUUUUAGAUGACAUAUGGGAACCACUGGUCCUCUCUGAUCUUGGCAUACCAUGUGGGAAUGACCACAUGAAUUGCAAGCUUUUGUUGACUUCUAGAAGGAUGGAUGUGAAAAUUUUAGUGGUUUUAAAGUUACGUUUCAUUCAACUAUCAAAUGGUUUAUAUACAACGAGUUCUUGA